CCCGCGCUACGUGUUGACAAGUGACCACGUUUCGUUUCGCGCCACUUUUCACAACUAUUUUCGUGAUCGGUCAGUGCUGUCAAAACAAACUUUUGUUGAUUAAAUUAAUUAUUUUCAUUGCUUGGUGACCACGUGUUUACAGAGAUGGAGGGCCACGACCACCACGACCACGCCGACCACGACCACGGCGACCACGGCGCCGCUGACGACUGCAUGGGGCACAGCGGCCAUAGCAUGGUGUUCCACGCGGGCGUGUGCCAGGAGAUCCUGUUCUCGGGGUGGGUGACGCGGUCGGCGCUGGAGCUGCUGGGCUCGGCGGCGGCCAUCUUCCUGUGCGGGGUGCUGUACGAGGGGCUGAAGUACUACCGCGAGGCGCUGUUCGCGCGCCACUCCGCCGCCGCCGCCGCCGACUCGCAGGUCAACAUCGCCAAGAGCGAGUGCGGCGCGCGCUGCAGCGGCACCGCCGUUGUCAAGUACAGCAUGCUGUCGUCGGGCCACGCGGCGCAGACGGUGCUGCACGCGGUGCAGGCGGCGGCGUCCUACCUGCUGAUGCUGGUGUUCAUGACCUACAACGUCUGGCUGUGCCUGGCGCUCGUGCUGGGCCUCGCCACCGGGUACUUCUGCUUCGGCUGGCGCAAGAACACCGUCGUCGACGUCACCGAGCACUGCCAGUGACACCCCCCAGACGCUCCGAAACUCCAACAUUCCCGAUGCGACAGACACACAGACGAACGAAGCUUGCCACUCUGCUUUGACUGAAAGUUUUAGAAAACACAGAGAAAAAAAUACUUUAAAUGAUUGUGAGUAGCACCGCGGUGAGGACUGAGGAGGGACUAUUUUCUUUUAUUGGAAUCGCUAGUUUCGUAAAUAUUUAAAAAAAAAAAGUUCCUUUGAGAUUAACGUUCUUCAGAGACACGUUCAUUGGGACUCUUUAGGAACCACACAUUUUUUUGCAAAUACAAGAAUAAUGUAGAAGAUUCGCAGUUUCCAACCAAAUGUAUCAUUAGUUUUUCCAUCCAAUAACACCGUCAAACUUAUUUAGAAACUGAACAUCAGUAUUUAAGCUCUUCAUUUUGUUUCGGAGAAGUUCACCUAUACCUAUCUAGUUUCAGAAGUUAAUGUACGCUAGACAUUAUAAAUCUUAAAAAAAUAAUCUUAUU